AUGGGUAAUGAACACGGCAAAAAAUCAACGGCUGGACCGACAGAAUUAACUCCGCAGCGUAUUACUUUACUCAAAACAAAUACCAAAUAUUCCGAGCAAGAAAUACGAGAUUGGCAUGAGGGAUUUUUGCGUGAUUGUCCUAAUGGUAAACUUGACAAGAAGCAAUUUACUGCAGUUUACAAACAAUUUUAUCCAACUGGCAAAGCCGACAAUUUUUGCAAAUAUGCUUUUGACACAUUUGAUGCCAAUGGCGAUGGCUCAAUCGAUUUCGACGAGUUUCUUUUAGCCAUUUCAGCUACAAGUCACGGUGAUAUUGAUGACCGUCUUUCUGUUGCUUUCGAUAUGUAUGAUAUUUCUGGCGAUGGACAAGUUGAUUUAAAGGAGCUAACAAAAUUAAUUUCGGCUAUAUAUGACCUUACUGGCACAACCGAUCGUAAAGGCGAUAACGAUCCAAAACAUCGUGCUGCAGAAAUCAUCAAAAAGGUCGAUGCCAGUGGUGACAAGAAAUUGAGCAAAGCUGAAUUCAUUGCAGGAUGCAAAAAUGAUCCACAUAUUCGUAACAUGCUUGCUCCAAACGUUUAA